AGAAACCUGGCUCGCUGCCAUUCAUGUUUCGGGCCAGCGAGGUUUUAGCUGCUAUUUUGGUUCCUUUCUGCUGUAGCCUAUAGACAAGCAUGCGUGGACACACACACAUCUAUCGUUCGCCGAGCAUUGACGCGAUCUUUCACUGUGCUCAUCUAUACGCACUAAUACGCAACCAUGAAGUCGCGAAAAAGAUCCGAGGUGUUCAUCAUCAUGGCGAUAAUAGUUCAUUUGAUGGGCCUCGCAAAUGCGCUUUCCGUCUCGGAGACAAUCGCCACUAAGAUUGCAUCGAAAUACAGCAGCGUUAGUGGUGUUGAACAUAGCGUAAACACGGAGGCUGUUAUAAGUGACGUCAGUACAGACGAAAAGACCAUUACUAAAGACAACGAUGAUCUGAUUCUUGGUACUAGCGAUGGCGAUCAUGACAGCAAUGCGAAUGCUGAGAAUACCGCCAACGAAAAAGACUUGAAGGAGUUCAAUAUCGAUAACAAUGGCGAUAUCGAUGACGAUACCACAACUGCCCAAGACACAAUAUUGUUUAAUAUUGAUAACGAUGGUAACAACGAUGACGAUACCACAACUGCCCAAGACACAAUAUUGUUUAAUAUUGAUAACGAUGGCAACAACGAUGACGAUACCACAACUACCCAAGACACAAUAUUGUUUAAUAUUGAUAACGAUGGCAACAACGAUGACGAUACCACAACUGCCCAAGACACAAUAGAGUUUAAUAUUGAUAACGAUGGCAACAGCGAUGACGAUACCACAACUGCCCAAGACGUAAUAGAGUUCAAUAUUGAUAACGAUGGCAACAGCGAUGACGAUACCACAGUUACCCAAGAGUUAAAUACCGACAGCGAUAGCGACAGCGAUGACGACAGCGAUAGCGACAACGAUGACGAUAACGAUAUUAACCAAGGCGUAAUAGAGUUGCAUACCGAAAGCGAUGGCGACAACGAUGACGAUGACGAUAUUAACCAAGACGUGAUAGAGUUGAAUAUCGACAGCAAUGGCGACAACGAUGACGAUAACGAUAUUAACCAAGGCGUAAUAGAGUUGCAUACCGAAAGCGAUGGCGACAACGAUGACGAUGACGAUAUUAACCAAGACGUGAUAGAGUUGAAUAUCGACGACGAUGGCGACAACGAUGACGAUUACGGGGCUAAUGACAUUGACGAAGACGUAAUAAAUUGGGAUAUCGAUGACGAUGAUUACACGGACAUUAUAAGUCAAUAUCCGGACGAUCACAGUUUCGACAUCAUACAAGAUACCGGGCUGCAUAUAGAAGAAAAUGGUGAAAAUUCGGUCAUCGAGGAAAUGAGCGACAUGGAGGCAGACCGGCAGCGUACAGUGGCCUACAUAACUUCCCUGGAAUACGAGGAGAUGAAACAAGCAUGCUGUGAAUUCGGCAAAGUCGCCGGCGACGCGUUAGUUGGAAGUCCGAUCAUCACGUGCUGGCAGUAUGGAAACCAUUUCUAUUAUAAUGUCGUUGGGAAAGUUGUUUCAAUCUCCUGCAGGCGGCGCUACCGAAGGUGUUGCAUCCGUGCGUACAUGAGACAGAUUCCUGCCGUACAGAGUCCUGGGAUCGGCUACGCGGAUCAGUAAGCCGAUGAUGCUCUUGCGGCGAAGUACGCACGCACGCACGCACGCACGCACGCACGCACGCACGCACGCGCAGUGAUUCACGGACGAGCAUUUCGAUCACAUAGACCAAGCUCUGCAUGGCACCUGAUCGCGUCUACGAUAGUCCGACUCGAAUGGUCACGCCUGCCACCGCGCGUGGAUUAGUUUACGUUUCAAAUAUGGCGCUGUUCCUACCGAGAGAGAGAGA